UCCCUGUUCUCGGUGGCGUUGAGCUUGCUGUCUCCUCAGGCCUGAUGGGUCUGGGGUGGAGCCUUAGCGGACCUGGUGGAGUAGCGGCGUCAGGCAGCGUCCUCAGUCCUGUGCUCAGCUCCUGCAGUAAUAAUUUUAAAAUGACCACACCGAACAAGACGCCUCCUGGUGCUGAUCCUAAGCAGUUGGAAAGGACAGCGACAGUAAGGGAAAUCGGGUCCCAAGCUGUUUGGUCACUCUCUUCGUGCAAACCAGGGUUUGGUGUAGACCAAUUACGAGAUGACAAUCUAGAAACUUACUGGCAAUCUGAUGGCUCUCAGCCUCAUUUAGUGAACAUCCAAUUCAGAAGAAAAACAACAGUGAAGACAUUGUGUAUUUAUGCAGACUAUAAAUCUGAUGAAAGCUACACUCCAAGCAAAAUCUCAGUCAGAGUAGGAAAUCAUUUUCACAACCUUCAAGAAAUUCGGCAACUUGAAUUGGUGGAGCCAAGUGGCUGGAUUCACGUACCUUUAACUGACAAUCAUAAGAAGCCAACUCGCACGUUCAUGAUACAGAUCGCCGUUCUAGCCAAUCACCAAAAUGGAAGAGACACCCACAUGAGACAGAUUAAGAUAUACACACCAGUGGAAGAGAGCUCUAUUGGAAAGUUCCCUAGAUGCACAACCAUUGAUUUUAUGAUGUAUCGCUCAAUACGGUGACUUGAAAAUGGGGCAGAAGUAAAGUAGACAUGUGUUUUAUCCUGUCAUUGGAUAUUGUAUAAAAUAUCUUUAGUGGUAAAGCAUGUUAUUUCACAAUUUUAUAUACAUUUAAAACACUUUAACUUAGAUAAAUAAUUUUUUGGUAAUGCCUGUUUAUUGUUUUAUACAAUAAAGUUCAUAUUUUAUAUUACUAAAAGUGAAUUUGAAGCCAAUCUUUACAUUUUCUUUCUAGUAAAAGGAAACUAGUUAAGAAAAGUUCAAGAUUACAUAAUUUUCUACUAGCAUAUGAUUAUUUUAUAUAAUGCUUGUUGGGUAUUUAGGAACAAAACUCUGUUAUUCUAGUGUACCUGAAAUUUUUAAUAAUGUAAGAUUUAAUUUUUUAUAGGGGAAAUUUAAUUUUUUAAAUGUGUGAUUCUUUUUAGACGUAAUAUCUCAAUAAACUGGCAUUAGAUGUAUUUUAUGAACCACUCUGUUGAGGUCUUUUGACCCAUGCCUGUAAUCUAGCAUUCUGGAGGCUGAGACAGGGGGAUUGUGAGUUCCAGUUUAGCGUGACCUAUACAGUGAAAGCCUGUCUUAAAGGGACUAGGAGCUUUAGCAGGGGAGAAGCCAGUCUGAUGUAGUUGUCAUACCUUCUCUCUUCCAUGAAAUAUUUGUAACACCAGGGUUGUCUGUACUCUGACAAUAUCAUGUUAGAAAUUGCUAUUUAAUUUGCAGUUUAUCUCAGUCCAUGUAAAGAGCUUAUAUGAAGAACUUCCAGUUGUGUCUGACAUUGUAACAUCUUCCAUAGAUAUUUCCAAUGAGAAUUUAAGAAGAAAUAGCUUUUUUUUUUCCCCUGUAGAACAUGGCUUAAACAAUGCAUGUUGACUGUUUCAUAACAUGGUAUGCCCUGUAUCUGAAUUAGUCCAGCACUGCCCUUCGAUUCACUUUUGUUUUAGAAACAUUGUUCAUCCAUUGUUGGGUACGUGUAAAGUUUAAACCAAGAAUGUUUAAAGUAACAGUGUGUUCACUUUGCUUUAUUUUGAUAGUGAGUACUGUUCACUGGGUUACUACUGAAAAUAUGGCUUCACUUCCUUUUGGAACUAAAAGUUUUUUGUUUGUUGUUUUAUUCUCUUGGAAGUAAAAAGCAUGCUAGAGAUCUAGUAUAAGGUAGGUAAAAUUCUGUGGCCAUGUUUAGUAAAGAUACAGGUGUGGGAUGCUGGAGACUACAGGAAAAUGUAUGGAGGACUGAAGGAGAGAGGGACCAAAGAAAUGAGAAUGGAAGUAUAUAGCAGGCAAGGAUGUUAACAGUCACAGUCACAUACACUGCAGGGAUUAGUUCUAGGGCAGGAAAUGUGAGUUUAAGAGACACAGAAGGCUAUAGAAGAAAUGUCACUGCUUACCGGCUGCCUUUAGUAGUUUGCUAAGGCAUUCCUCAAUCAAGAGGAACUGAAAAGAAUGUCAGGAAAGUCUGUGAUUUCCUCCUAUAUUCUAUUUUUCUUUAAAAAAAAAUAGGCUCUCAUAAAGCCCAGGCUAAACCCAAAUUUGCCAUGUAGCCAAGGAUGCCCUUGAUCUGAUCCUUCUGCCUCUACCCCCAGGUGCUGGGAUCCCAGACUGUGACACAUGCCCAACUUUAUGUGGUUCUGGGGAAGGAACUAGGGAUUCAUGCAUACUAAGCAGACAUUCUGCCGAUUCCAUUUACCUAUUUGUCAUAUUUUAUCAGGCUUAAUAAGCAUGGGAAAUUUGAUAGCUGUGGAUUAUAGAUAAUGGAUUCCCAUAGCAUAA